AUGGCAGAUCAGAAGCAAGACCCGAAGCCACAGGAAGGGGCCCAAAAUGGCCCUUCCGAGGCAGAAAUCCGCCAGGAGUCUGCGAAAGCUGCUGAGAAAGCACUUGAGGCACAGAAAAAGGCAGAGGAACUCAAACAAGCGGCCCAAGGAGCUGCAGAUGCCGAUGAACGCCAGAAGCUGAUGGAGGAAGCCAUUGAUAAACAGAUCGAGGCCGAGUCCUUCGGGAAGACUGCAAAAUACAUGCGAGGCGGCGCCUUUCAAGGCAUGUGCGUCGGCGCUGGCUUAGGCACGGCUCCCGGUCUCACAUUAGGAGCAUUAACUGGCACCUUGGUUGGCGGGCUUACAUCAACGAUCCUCGGAGGGCUGGGUGCCGGUCUGGGCAGUAUUGUCGGCUGGGCUCAUGGGCCCUUCUGGAACAUGGGACAGGUCAUUGGCAAAGGUGUGAGGAAGGUCACUGGUGAUCUACCCAGCUGGGAGGCCACGGAUGAGCAGAAGAAGAAACUGGAGGAGAUGAUUUCACAAGCAAACCAAGAAGAGAUGCCUGGCGCAAAGGAGCUGCGAGGUAUGGCGAACGAUGGCUGGGACGGUGCCAAGCAUCAAGGAAAGGCCUGGUACAAGACGGGAGCUUCUUAUAUGCCAGGAAGCAGGCCAUAUGCUACAGGAAAGGCAUCUGACGGAGCAUGGCAGUCCAAGAUACAGGCCAAGCAAGACGACGACCCAGUGCGAGCGAGCCCGGACACUGUGAAAUCUGUGAAACAGGCCAGUAGAAGAUCGCAGGCCCAGUCAGAGCAGCAGUCUACAAACCCGACUUCUGCACAGCGAGGAUCAAGCACUAUGAAGAGGGCUUCAGGACCGACACCCACUACCGAAGCAAGAAAGCAGCCACGAAAAUUGGAACGAAGAUCAAAUGGACCUGGUCAAGAUGCAGAUGUCACUCAAGCGAAGCGCGGCAAACCUCGCAAGCUGGAAGUUCGCUCGUAG